UGUGUUUUCCGUGUUGUUAACAAGUUUAGCCACUUCACCGCUAAAUACAUCCACAAUACAAGGCCCAGCUGACAAAAACGGAGCUUUAAACGCUAUAAACAUCAAAAAGGACUGUUGUUAAUGCCGCAGCCUGAAGUAUUUUUCAUCUACCGGUCAGACUUUGAGAUCACACACAGGUCAGUCUAGAUGGACCUGCUGGUCACAGCUGGGCCCAGUUCUUAACAUCCUUUGGGCCUGUACGAGUAACAUCAGUCAGCGAUGGCCAGUCACUUUCGUAGCUACAUCUGGGACCCGGUCCUCAUCGUGUGUCAGAUUGUGUUGAUGCAGUGUAUCUACUACAGCUUCUUGGGCCUGUGGUUGGCCGGAGUGGACAGCCUUGUGCAAAGUGGUCGCUCACUGGACCAGAUCUUCAGCUAUGAACUUCUCGGUUUUGCAACCGUGCAAGGCAGACUCUCGAUGAUGGCAUUCAUCUUGAACUCUCUUACAUGUGCUCUUGGUCUGUGGUUCUUCAUCCGCAGAGGGAAGCAGUGCCUGGACUUUACUGUCACUGUGCACUUUUUCCAUAUGAUCGGCUGCUGGAUCUAUAACGCUCAUCUUCCAGCCGCCUUGUCCUGGUGGCUCGUCAAUGUAGCCUGCAUGGCGUUGAUGGCUGUAAUUGGCGAGUACUUGUGCAUGCGGACUGAGCUCAGGGCAAUUCCAGUCAAUACUGGACCCAAAUCUAACCUGUGAACUUUCUUUGACACCACGGUGAAAGUUUGUGGAAGGUUUACCCUUGAGGAACUUGCUGAGGAAGCUUUUCCACAGGAAAAACAAAGGAACAUUACCUUUUGUCAGCAUACAUGUUGAACUGUCAUGCAUCUUCUUACCAAGUGAUUCACUAGAUGGAUUCUAUUUAUUCAUAGCUGCCCAUUAAAUGUUGGACAGUAUUAACUCUGUAGCAUAUUAAGAUGCUUGUUUUAAUGCGUUUGAACGCAAAUGUCAGUUUACAGUCUUCUCUAAACCCAAUGACUAUGGAUGUGAUAUUUGUCUUACUAAUUAAAUUGUUAUGAUCAAAUUCAGUACAUUCACGUAAGCAUCGCAUUCCCUCGCUUUAAGAUAUUUUAAAGCACUUUUCCUCUGUCUUUUCAUUGCAUUGCUGUGUUGGCAAACACUUGAACAGAAAACACUGCAGUCUGGGGACAUCAGUGUGCAAAGUUACAUUUCACAGCUUUGGUCCUUUCCUUUUGCUCCUAAAACUAAAUAUUUGGGUAAAAAGUCAAUAGUUUUCUGCUUCGCAGCACAUUGUUGAAGUUAAAUUUGUACUUUUGGUCUCGUUACAUGCCUUUGUUGUCAAGCUUGUACAGCAUAUUGCACAGCUAGCGUUGUUUGGUUCUGUCUCUUUUUGUCCUGAUGUAUUGUGCAGUUUGGCCACUAAGGGGACAGUCUGUCAGCCGCCAGCUGUGUUCUGACAGCAGGCUGUGUCUUUUACUGAAAAUUGCUGCUUGAAAUGAUACGACGUGAAAAGUCCUCAGAUGUGCAGCACUGAAGGUUUCUGGAACACUGUCAGCUUCUUUAAUUAGUGAUGGAUUCUAAAUCUCUUGUGUAAAUAAACUGCUUGUUAUCUUGAAAUUGUUA